AUGUUUUGGCUAAGAGAAUCCUUAUUUCUUCUAACUUCAAGUGUUGCAGGUUUGUAAAAAAGGAAAGAAGAUUGACAAAAAAAAACUUUUUUUAGUUUUUUCCAUCUCCUUAGGACGCCAAUCAACGGCUGCUCCAUUCAACAGUUUGAAUAAACUUCAAAAUAAUAUUAAGUUAUAAAAAUUGAAGCUGUCUGCAAUAGAGUUGUCAAUGGAACGUCAAACUCAUUUCCCACGAGCCCAUUCGUUUAUUUCGACUACGCCGUCCUGAAUCAGGUGAAAAUCACCUGCAUCGGCUUGUACGACUCCAUGAUCACAUUCAAAAAGCGGCGGGAUCGAGGAUAAUGUAAUUUUUUUCGAAUAUAUUCUUUAUUUGAUUCGUAAAUUUAUUCUGAAGCUUUUACCUUUUUUCCAUGUAUUAUAAAAAAAGAGUUUUGUGAGAAAUUUUUCUUCGAGCUUGAAAAAAUUGUUUUUUCGUUUUUUUCCGAGCUAUUCAAACUUCGAAAGAGCCCGAAAGACAGCGAAUCCCUAGAAACAUGAAUGUUAAAGUUAUCAAGAAAGAAAAUAUUUCAAAAAAAUAAAAUAAAAAAUAAAAUGAAACGUUGACGUGAAUCUGUUACACUUUUUUUCCUAGUUCAAUUUUUUUUUGCAGUUUAUCCAAAUUAUCCGCUCUGAAAACUUCUUUUUGAUGAAAUAUUUGAAUAUGCGCCCAGAAAUUCGUCUCGAAUGUUAAUAUUUUUGAACUUAACUUUAAAAAAAUUGUUCACUCCUCCAAUUUAUCAGGUUAAUUGGGGUCCAAAAAGGCAACUUUUCCCAAAAAAAAAGUGACCCUUCUUCAAAUCGGCUAUUUCGAAUCCCGGUUCUUUUUAUUUGAUCAAUAUGGUCAGCUUAUGAACGUUUUUUGAGGCUUUUUCAAGAUUUUCUUCCUAAACCUUCUUUUUUAAGGACAACAUUGUUUAGUACUUUGAUGAAAAAUUCAUAUUAUUUAGAAAGUUUUCGUGAAUUAUUUAUUGAAUUUUUCAAUUUUUCAAUUAUUUUCAGUGUAACUGUACCAGAACCAGCGGUCCUGGCGACUACCUAACUUCCGUUUGCACUUUGUCCUGCGAUCCAGGUGCUCGAAAAUGGUCCCCAAAGUUGCCACUUGGCUACAUCGACAACGACACCAUCUACUGUUCUAGUUUGUUUUUUCAUUUCAUAGUUAUUUAAAAAAAAAAUUCCAACGAUUAAUAAAUUUACUGACAACAGAAAUUCUUCAAUCUUCAGCUGUACAGAUCCCCAUUGGUCCUCCUACAACGCCGACUACAGCUCCUCGUCGAUUUACAGCAACAUUUGGAGCAAAAAAACGAAAUUAAACUGA